AUGGCCAAAUUCUUCACCGCACUUUUGUUGGUCUCCUCCAUCGGAGUGGCCACUGUCCACGCCGCCGCAGCAACCAGAGCACAGGUUUGCCUGAAGGCUGUCAAUUUGGGUCUCACUUUCUACACGGCAAAGGAAUGCGAACCGAUCCUCGCCUGUAUCGAACCGACGUUGUACAAUACUCCAGAAGACACUACUGCUCUCAUCGACAAGGGAAAGACUUGUGUGAUCAACAACAGUAUGAGCAAGGCUCUUCCAGCAUUGUCCCUGUACAAUGGAUUCAAUGGCUGCACUGAUCUUAUGGCUCUUCUCGACAAAAUGAUGGCUCCAUUCCAGACUCAAUGCAAACCAGUCAUCACCAAGUGCCUUAAUGUUCUCAAUAAAUGCAAAAAGAACAAUACAAAAACCGGAACUGCUAAGCAGACCGCUUGCUUGAAUCAAGUCUACGGAGAAGGAAUCGCCAUGGUCACUAAAGCCUUCAUCAACAAGGUUUGCACUGCUUUGUCCAAGAAAAUGACUUCUGUCGAAUGGAACUGCUGUAAGACUUAUGCACCAAAGGUUGUCAAUGUCAAGCCGUACGCCUGCUACAACAUUGAAAAGUAA